AUGGCCAGGAAACAUGGCCGCACCGAGCGGCUGGAGUAUCCGCCUCCGCCAAGCAAUUGCGCUAAGUUUCUGUACUACACGUGGAAGCUGUGCUCGGUGGUGUUUUCGCACUUCGUGAUGAUCAGCCUCGUGGUAGCUUACUGUAUCCUCGGUGCUGUUACGUUUGAGCGACUCGAAUCGCAGCACGAGCGGGAAGUCAAGAGGAACAUCUCGCUGAUCCGCGGGAACACGACGCAUAGCAUCUGGCUCAUGACCGAGCGCGUCGCCUACCUCAAUCGGGCCAACUGGACCGCGGACGUCGUCGGCAUGCUGAAGGACUUCGAGAACGCGAUCCUGUUAGAGAUGAAGGUGCGCGGAUGGGACGGCAACGAGAGCCCCGACCGCAUCCAAUGGACUUUCACGGGGGCGCUGUUUUACUCCAUCAUCGUCAUCACCACUAUCGGUAUUACGCCACGCGCAGACAUAGUUAGUCACUAA